AUGCAGCGGCCAUCAGGCAACAUUACGGGCUUUCCGUGUCCGUGUCCGGACGGCACUAUACGGGCUGAGGCGAGUAAAGUGUGUCAACCCGUUUGCAUGUAUAAGAACCGUAACCUCGCGUGCGAUCGUAUUAACGCCGACUGCGACCCAAACAUAGCUUAUAAAAUAACUGAAACGACCCAAGACUACUGUGUGUGUCGGCCCGGACUCAUGUAUCAAUCUGGCAAAUGCGUGGCCACCGAAGUGACCGUGAAAUUUACCCUAUCCAUUAAAAAUGUAUUACCAUUUAAACCGCUUGAAGCACCCGUACAACAACAAUUCAGUUUGGUUGAAUACGCAAAGUCCCCGAUGCAAGACUGGACCGGUAUUUACAACGAUAUCCAAUCGACAAAUGCCAUGAAUUUGGCGCUCUAUGAGAAGUCCAUUGGAGACAAACGCACAGCAUAUCAAAGAGAUCAGAUCCAACGGGAAGUGCUCACAAUGUUGGCCGGUGUGACUGAGUUUGAGUCAACUCCCGGUGCGUUGCGACUCAAAGAGUGCACUCCUGGAGAGUAUUUGUCGUGCGUUUUCACGGCUGUAAUUAAGAAGGGAGUCGAUUACACAAAGAUAAAACUGGGUCAAUAUUUGGAGAAUAUGUGCCACCCGUUGUCAACUAUCGUGUUGCCAUUAUGUAAGGAUAAGUGUACUGCCAAUGGAAAAUGUUAUAUAUCUGUGGAGAAAAAGGAUGAUCACACCUAUGAGGCACUGGCGAUAUGUGUCUGUUAUAAGGGCUUCACAUACGACGGAAGAGGAAUGUGUAUAGGCUUACUGUACUGCUUGUGCGAAUCUUCAGACUUAUUUAAUACCAUUUUAGACGAUCAAAACCCAUUAUCAUGGGACCCACCACCCACUGACCAUGGUGAUCAACCACCAUUUAAAUACCCAUUCUCAUUUGCCAACACCGGUAGGUUCACCGGUGGCUGGACUCGACAGGUCACUGUCCGGGACCUACCCAUUGCCAAAGCCAUGGCAGGGGUACAGAUGCGACUGGUAAGGGGUGGCGUACGUGAGCUGCAUUGGCACGCGUGCGCCGAGUGGGCCUAUAUGAUCCAGGGCACUUGCCGUAUUACCGCCGUCGAUGAGCAAGCUAGGGCGUUUGUUGAUGACGUAAACGAAGGCGAUCUUUGGGUAUUCCCCGGCGGUAUACCCCAUAGCAUACAGGGUGUGGGCGAUGACGGCUGCUUUUUCCUGAUGGUAUUUGACGAUGGUAAUUUUGACGAGUUUGACACAUUUCUACUCACCGAUUGGGUCAGACAUUUACCCGUCGAUGUAUUGGCCAAAAACUUUGGGGUCCCGGAGUCCACGUUUGCCAACAUUACCCGCGAAGAUAUGUAUAUAUUUGCAUCACAAAUGCCCCGCGGGUUAGAGGAGGAACAGGAGGCGUCGGGCAGUGGCACGGGGUAUGUGCCCUCCCCUUACGCAUACUUUGCUAGUCAAAUGCCGGCUAACGUCACCCGAACCGGCGGUUCGGUUAAGUUGAUUGACAAACGCAACUUCCCGGUGACAACGAUGGCCGCCGCGAUUGUCACCCUAAAGGCCGGUGCCCUCCGAGAGUUGCAUUGGCACCCGAACGGACCCGAAUGGAACUACUUUCUCAAGGGUAAGGCACGGAUGGGUGUGUUCGCCGCGGGGGGUAAACACCGCACUAUGAACUUUGAAGAGGGAGAUGUGGGUUAUAUUGAACAGUCUUCGCCGCAUUAUAUCGAGAAUAUAGGCACCGAUGAUGUCGUGUUCGUCGAAGUGUUUCCGACCGACACUUUUCACGACAUAUCGCUCGCCGAAUGGUUAGCCCACACGCCGUCCCGACUUGUCGACGAACACCUGUUCACCGGCGAGGCUUUCAUCGAUGGUAUACCCAAAACACAACAGUCUAUUCGACCUUAA